CUCUUACGAGUUGAUAUACGAUAAGGUAGAGCGAGUAAGCCUACGUCAUCUACGUGGACUUUGCCCCUUUUGCUCCGAUUAAUAAAAAUAAAUUUCAAUCGGAACGUUCAGUCAACCGUUGACCGGGAUUUCGUCACCAUGUCCGUCGCCACGAAAGGGAUUUUCAUCGUCGCCGCAAAACGCACCCCUUUUGGAACACUGGGUGGUAAAUUUGUGAACAAAUCUGCGACUGACCUUCAAGAAGUCGCUGCCAAAGCUGCCAUCGCAGCCGGUGGUCUGAAACCAGAGCAGAUCGACAGUGUGGUGAUCGGGAACGUUUUAGUCAGCUCAGCUACCGACGGUAUAUUUGCUCCGCGUCACGUUCUUCUUAGGAGUGGAAUUCCACUGGACAGACCAGCUUUGGGUGUAAACCGUCUCUGUGGAUCGGGAUUCCAGGCUCUCGCCAAUGGCGCACAGAGCAUUCUCGUCGGUGAGUCAAAGAUCGUUCUCACCGGUGGAGUGGAUAACAUGAGCCAGGCGCCAUUCGUGGUCAGAGGCAUCAGGUUCGGUACAACUUUGGGCCAGAACUUUAAUCUAGAAGACAGUUUAUGGGCGGGAUUAACCGACACUCAUUGUCAAAUGCCAAUGGCCAUCACAGCCGAGACUCUGGGAGCCAAGUACGGAAUAAAAAGGGAGGAAGUCGACGCGUUUGCGUUGAGAAGUCAGCAGCUCUGGAAAGCAGCUAACGAUGCCGGAUACUUCAAAGAAGAAUUGACACCCGUGACUGUCCAGAUAAAAAAGAAAGACGUCGUCGUCGAUGUCGACGAACAUCCUCGGCCGCAAACUACGGCUGAAGGACUCGCCAAACUUCCAACUAUUUUCAAGAAGAACGGACUCGUAACCGCGGGAUCAGCAUCCGGAAUUUCCGACGGAGCUGGAGCAGUAAUAGUGGCAAGCGAAGAAGCUGUGAAAUCCCAAGGAUUGAAACCACUCGCGAGACUCGUUGGAUACAGUGUCGUAGGAGUAGAACCAAGUAUUAUGGGAAUUGGUCCGGCGCCGGCGAUCCGAAACCUCCUCAAGAUAACCGGCAAGACUUUGAACGACAUCGAUCUCAUCGAAAUCAACGAAGCUUUCGGUGCCCAGACAUUGGCUUGCGCCAAGGAACUUGAAUUAGAUAUGAACAAAUUGAACGUCAACGGUGGUGCCAUUGCCGUCGGACAUCCUUUGGCCGCCAGUGGAUCCAGAAUUUCCGGACACCUCGUCCACGAAUUGAGGAGGAGGAAAGCGAAAUUCGGAAUCGGUUCCGCGUGUAUCGGAGGUGGUCAGGGUAUCGCUGUCCUAAUCGAAGCUCUUUGAGAUCGAUCAUCCAACUGCAAUGCAACUACACUGCAAAUACUCGCCAAAAAAUGAUGAACGCACAUCAUCUUACUGUAAUACCUACAACAAUAAACACCUUCGAUACGUGCCUUGCAA